UUAAAAAUCACUAAUGCGUCAGAAAAGAAAUGGAUUUUAGGGUUGCCUCUGAACAAUUUCUGGAUUGGAUUAAAUAAUUUAGAAAAUGUGACUAAUUUUGCCUGGUCGGAAGGGACAUUGGCAGACAUAACAGCACCCUGGCUUUGGAUGCCACGCCCAGCCCAACUAAACAAUGCGUAUUGUGUGAAGAUUUCCAAUGGCAUCUUGAUUGCUCUGGACUGUAGCGCCAAGGCCCAUUGGAUCUGCAAGCGAAGUGCAGAUACUGAGCGGUAUCAGGAACACAAAGGAAAGGUACUUCUCUCACCACCAAGUGUUCCAUCACAAGUACAUGCAGAUUUGAAUUCUGCUAAAGAAGCUUGCCUGGAGCUUAGGGAGAAAUGCACAGGAAUUUCUACAUGGAAUAAUGCAUAUGCCCUUGCCAGGGGGACCAUAUUGUUGAAAAGUGAGGAGAGCAAUUCCUAUGCCUAUGUAAAAUCAGAUUGCUCCAUGGGUUACUUCGGAAGGGAUUGUUCCUCUGUGUGCGGUUUGUGUCACAACGAUGAUCUGUGCAAUCCCUACAUGGGAACUUGUGACGAUUUCCAUUUGUGCAGUGUUCAGAGUGCACCUACAGCCUGUGAGAGAGCUAUGAAAAGUUUGUGGUGCCCCCGUUUUUCUGGUUGGUCGUAUUGGAGUGGCAACUGUUACUACUUCGGCACAGAGGCCCCUGCCAGCUGGCUUCAAGCAAAGGAGAAGUGUAGAAGAUACAGAAGUGCAGAUCUGCUGUGGAUUGAGAGUCCAGAAGAAAUGAAUUGGUUGUUCUCGGCAAUUCCAUCUGAAACCUUUUGGAUUGGACUGAAUAGCAGGCAGCAAGAGUCUAUCUGGAUUUGGUCAAAUGGGAAGUCAGCUGCUAAAGAACUUGAUUGGUUAUCCAUGACUGGAAAUCCGUCUGGAAGAUGUGCAGGUAUCCAGCCAGCACCCAGAAGUAUUUUAAAGUGUAACUGUGAAAAUAAGUACAGAUGGCUUUGUAAGAAAGCUGAAUCUCCACACAUUUUUGAUGUGUUUCUUAGUCGGUACCUGUCAAGACCAUUUUCAUCACAGAAGAUCUACAACUCCCUCUAUAGUGCUAAGAUAGACUGCUUAUAUGACAGGAACUGCACAGGAGUAGUAAAAGUCUCACAGUACUUCAGAAGAAUGGCAGGAAUUGAUGAAAUCCACUUUGCUCCUUUUACUGCUCCCUCAAGUGCUAUUUCGUAUGUAAAACGUGAAUGUUCCUUGGGAUACUAUGGAGAAAACUGUGCAAGAGUCUGUCCGCUGUGUCCUGGAAACUUCAGAUGCAAUUCAAUAACUGGCAAAUGCCCAGAAAAGUUAAUGUGUGUGGACAAAUUUAAAGGUGAAAUUUGUGAAUCAGGACUCACCAGUUUAAAGUGCCCCCAAGACCCCACGUGGUGGUAUUGGAAUGGAAACUGUUAUUACCUAGAAAGGAGAGAGACCAUGCGGUGGGAGCAGGCUCUGGCCCAAUGUGCAUUGUAUAAGCAUGCUAGUCUUCUCCAGCUAGAUAGUGCAGAAGAAAAGAUGUGGGUGGCUUCCAUGCUGGAGGGUGGCACCUGGAUUGGUUUGUCAAAGCAGCAGUCUGGUGCCUGGCAAUGGACUAGUGGACACGGUGCUAAUCUUGCACUCAAUUGGCUUUCAGACAUUAAAAGGGGUCAAAGUGGAUGCGCUCAGAUGAAGAAAGGAGGAGAACUUAUGGCUACUGGUUGCUCCACACGCCUGCACUGGGUCUGUGAAAAACAAGCAGACCUUGAUAUUUUCCUUGAGUAUCCUGGAAGAAUACUGCUUUCUCUGGUGGCAAUGGCUCAAUAUAGUACCCUAACUGAAGCAAAAUUCUACUGCAUGAUCAAAGCUCAGUGUACAGGAAUAAGUAGUUGGCCAUCCAAAUUUUAUCUUGUCUCAGGAAGUGAAAUGGUGUCAGCUCCCCAAAGAUGUAUAGUUUACUUGAAAACAAGCUGUGUUUCUGGGCGGUACGGAUCUGGAUGCAGGAAAGCCUGCCCCCGCUGCAUUAGCAUCCUGCCUUGUAAUAGUUUGACUGGGUUCUGUGAUGAGAAAACGUCGUGUCUGUUGCCAUUCACUCUAGCAAGCUGUGUGGCAACCACAAUCAGUAUACAAUGUCCAGAUGAGGCCGGGUGGUGCUACUGGAACAGGUACUGUUACUAUAUCUCACGUGUGAAAGCGAAAUCCUGGACGGAUGCCAAUUCUACCUGCAGUCGAUACAGAGGUGCUGAACUUGUUUGGUUUGAAAGCCCGGAAGAACUGAGUUGGAUUAAAUCAUCUCUGAAUGGACCCACAUGGACAGGGUUGCAAGAUAUAAACCGAGAUGGCACCUGGACCUGGGCACAUGAAGAUAAUGCAUCUAGUGUAUUGGAAUGGCUAACUUUUAGAAAGAGAAACAGUUGGCUGAGAUGUAUUGAAAUGCCAGCUGGCGAACUUGUCGCUGCAGCAAGCUGUAGGAGAGCCAAGAAAUGGGUGUGCAAGAAGCCAGCAGAACCAGAUCUUGAUUUGUUCAUAAGUAUCUGGGAUGCAGCGGUGAUCUUGCCAACUCCAGCAGUAUCAGCUAAAUACACUAACCACACAUUGGCCAGACAAAUCUGUGUAAUGCAGAGGUCCAGAUGCAUUGGCUAUGUGUUAUGGCAAGACAGUUAUUUCCUAAUACAUGACUCUGAAUUCAUUAUCAGUGGAUUUGCACAAAGCGCAACAUACUUAAAAUCAGCUUGUGAUUUUGGAUACUACGGACCGUCUUGUGAAAAGGAAUGCCCAGACUGCUACUGGGACAAGCCGUGCAAUCCCAUAUCCGGAAAGUGUGAGGACACUGCAGUUUGUGCUGAGCCAGAGGAUGUAGGUGUCUGUAAUUUAGGCAAGUACAGCUUGAAAUGUCCUCUUGGGCCUGGCUGGUGGUACUGGAAUGGACGUUGUUACUUUAUAGAAAGGAAUAGAACUCUGAGUUGGAUGGAAGCCGGGCUGUUUUGCAACCAUUUUAAAAGAACAAGUCUGUUGCAGCUGGAAUCGUCGGCUGAAAAGGACUGGCUACAAAAGAUGAUAAAACAGCCAGCGUGGAUAGGAAUGAAAUGGGAAACAUCGGCCUCUGAGUGGCAGUGGGCAGAUGGAUCCAGAGUAAACACAGCUCUGAACUGGUUAAACGUACAUCGGGAUGCAACUGAAAACUGUGUGUUUCUUCAGCAUAAUAAAGUAGCUUUAGAAGCAGCUAGUUGCCUUUUAAAAUAUAAUUUUGUGUGUAAAAGAAAUGAAGCUGAAGACAUGUUUCAGUUUUAUGCAGGCCACAUAAUAACACAAAGACAGAAUUUGUUGCCAAAAGUAUACUCAUCUCUCGAAUCUGCUGAAAAGGCAUGCCUGUAUGAGAAAACACAUUGUACUGGAGUAGUCCGUUCACAGAAACGGUAUAAUUUGGUUAGUGGAACAGAGGUAUUUAGAAGCUCUAAUAAAGCUGAUGCAUUAUAUCUUAAAACUGGCUGCCAGACAGGCUACUAUGGCUCAGAUUGUCAAGCCAGUUGCCAUCCUUGCACCAAUGGUUUUCCUUGCAGCGGUGUUACUGGACAUUGUGUAGGCACUGCCAGAGUUACUUGCAGCUUACAGUCUCAGGAUCCACGGUGCUCUCCUAGCGAAGUUUCCAGGCAGUUGUGCCCCCAGGGGCCUCGAUGGCAUUCUUUUCGAAAGGCGUGUUACUAUGUGGAAGAUACUAAAACUAAAACGUGGACUGAGGCCAGGAGUGCGUGUCAGGGCUUUAAGGAGACGGACCUCGCUAAAAUUACAAACAGUGCAGAAAAGGCUUGGAUACAGUUUAAAGGGGAGAACAGCUGGAUAGGUUUGACCUAUAAGAAAGAAGACUUCAGAUAUGUAUGGGUCGAUGGCACAUCUGCUCAGGCUGAAAGUGCAUGGGUCAUGAAACGUAACAGGAGGCAUAUGCUCACUAAAGAAGACUGUGUGGUUGCCUUCAAGCAAUACCUUUCCCCAGCAGAUUGUUCUUCUCUGAGAAAGUGGAUAUGCAAAAGAGAAGGAGAAUGGGAGAAGCGUUCUGCUGCCCAAGGGGGAGAUCCAGGAAAAAUGGAAAGUGUGUCCGGACCUUGA